AGAACUAUAUUGUUGGUCAGUACAUGAAGAGCAGACGAUAUAUGGCAUAGUUCUAAAUUACAGCUGGAAAUUAAUAAGAUUAGACGAAUGCUGAGAAGUUGUGGUGCGACAGAAACUGUGAUUUAUAACAGUAAGGUUCAUGAAGGUUAAGUUACCAUACUUCGUACUGGAUAGUGUAAUGUUAUAGUCCACAUGUAAAAAGAUGAGUUUCUACUAUUACAAAAUUCCCCAGGAGAAAAAGGAAGCUAAAGUGUACGGAAACAAAAAGGUGGAACAAAACGAAUUGAAUCAGAUAACAGAGCGAGUGACACGACCAACAUACAGUAGCAGCUUGAUUCGUGAACAGAAACGUCUUUAUAAUUAUAUCAAUCUGAGAGAAAAUGCCCGACAACGACCACCAACAUCCUGUCGAAAACGUCCAGCUACUGCUUCUGUAUUGGAUAAUUCGAAACAUUCUCGUCGAUUCACUGAUAGAGAGUUUACCCGAAUGAUUAGACGUUUGAGAAAACCUACCGUUAGUUCUCGUGUAAGCCGAGUGGAUUAUGACACUGAUACAACAGAGCCGACCCGAAUGAAUAGUGCUUCCACGCGUCCAAGAACUGCCGAAGAACGAACAAAAUCUUUAAGUGAUUUGUGUCGCCCGACUACAGCCAGCAGUUGCAAAUCCUUCGAUCGCGACAAGUACACGGGUGACAAUUAUAAUAAUCAUGACUACGAAUAUGUUUAUACAUCGUGUGCUCCGCCGGAAGAAAUCGACUUUUUGAUCGACAGAAUGAGUAAAACGACCAUUGCGAGAUCCCGCGGAAAAGUUAAUUGUCCCCGUUCACCUUUUGUCUCUGCGGAAUCCGAAUUUGAAUUUCAAAGAAAAUUACCGUUAGUGAGCGGUCUUCCAAAAAGUAGAACUAUAGAAGAAAUUGUAGGAAGAUUAUACAAGCCAUCUAGGAGUGGCUACCGUUCCCAGUCAACCCCUGUAUCAACUGGCAUCUGAACAGGCCAAUACAGUUUAGCAAGUUCUUUACAUUCGACAUGGAAAUUAUAUUAUAUAAAUACCAAAGACAUCGGCGAAAUGUGAUUGUACGUACGAUGAUAGGACUAAUCACAUUCCUCGAAAUAUUCCGUAAUUAGAUCAUGUUCGAUAUGUAGGCUUUCGUUCAUUCGUAUGGAUGAUGUCGCAGACAAAAUAUAUGUAGACGCAGAUUCACAUAUUAUAUACAGUUCACCGAUGAGGCAUCAGAUUAAUGUUCACAUAUUAUUUAUAUACAGUUCACCCAUGGGGCAUCUAUCUAACUUUAAUGUACUUAUGAUUCUUACUAAGCACCAUCUUAUUGGUGAAAUCUGAAUAUUUGAUUAAAACUUCGAUACCUAAGUUUAAGACUCAAUCUGAUUAAAACACGGAUCUUAUUUCGUUUCGUUUUUUAUAGUUCAAAAUUUCGUUUUAUUUGUCUUUACUACACUAGGAUCUGGAAGAGUUGUUAUAUUACCGGCGUUCUGGUUGAAGUGAGGGAUUAGCCAAUGAAACGGUCUGUCACGGCGAGUUCUUGGCGUGCCAUGCACGGAACUCUGGGUAAACCACUAGAAACGACAACGCUGAUUGAUUAAUCAAUAUCUGGCGUCAUAGGGUCAAAAGCCGCUCGUACGACCCCCGACGCGACCUUCCAUUUAGAUCUUCAUGUAGUGUAGGCCAUCGAAAGUAUAAAAAACGAAACGAAAUAUAGAUCUGUAUUUUAAUCAGGUAGAAGGACGUCUCUAGUUUAAGACUAUUGAGCAAUACGAUGAAAGACAAGCCAUUGUAGUCCAGCGUUUAGUGAAAUAAAAAUAUAUUACAAAGAUGUUAACUAUGAAGUAUAUAGUGUGACGAUUUUGCAAAAGGCGACCAUUGUUCUAUAGCGCCGUUGUUAAUAUAGGUAUAGCGAUAACCUAUCAUAAUUCAAAGACAUCACCUGGCAGCUGAAUUGGUGAUUAUCGAAUGAAAUUAGUGCACCGUCACAAUAUGAAAAUUACUUUUAAGACUAGAUUUUUUUAGCUACUUGAAGGUGAUAUACUUCAUAAAAUAAGGAACUACAGCACUUUCAUUUAUUGUGACCAGAGAAGUCUUUCAUAAAUCAUUUUCGAAAGUUUCUAUGCAUUUCAUUUUCAGUUGAAACUAUUAAAUGUUUUCUGGACACAUAUAACAAUAAAAC